UGACCCUCCAUUUGGGAGCACCAAGGUUCUGUAGUUGUCCUGCCUCACAAGGUCCUGUUUUGAUGACGGCUCCUCGAUAAAGCCGAUCGAACAGACGCUAUUCUCCCAGCUGGGAAGCAAGAAAACAUGUCGUCUUGUCAUCGCAUCCCAGAGAAAGCGAUGCAUGUUCUCUGAUGAACGGCUGCUAUGCAACUCCACGAGGGAAUGGCUGCUUAUUCACCACCACAUGCCGGUGGAAUCUACCUCAUCUGCAUACCACACCUAGGCAGCCUACCCUGCUGCCAGAAUACGGAAUCACCCAGCCCCUUGCAGCUCAUUUCCAUCAAAGGGCGUCACCUAACCCCCCCCCCCCUCUGCUCGCCCACCCCUCGGGGCCCUUAUUACUACCAACCCGCCAUACCAACACCAUGCCGAACUCCGUCAGCGCAGGUGUCCCGGCCGGGACCCUAUCGAACAAGACGCCGUGGGGGUGCGAGAUCGAGGUCCACGCCGUGUCGCGGGCCCCGCUGUCGCUGGACCUCAGGCACGGCGCCGAGUGCGUGUGCCGCGGCAAGGAGAAGGCCCUCGUCGAGCGGUAUAUCCUGGACUGGAUGUCGCACCGCAUGGCCAGGCUGGGCGAGCAUCCCGUCCGCAGCUGCACCCGCGCCCGGGUGGCGUGCGAGCUGCUCGGGAUCGACGGCCUGGAUGCCUUUCUUGACGGGGUUGAUGCGCUGUAUCCGCUCGCGAGAUGAGGGAGGCGGUUGCGGCGAGGGCGGGGAGACGCGCAGGACACGGGCGUCUACACGGAGGCAUGGCAGCACGCCGAGGUGGUAAAGUUUGGAUUAGAACAUGCAUGGAUCAAGGUUUUCUCGAACAGGGAGAAAAGAAAUGCUAUAAUCGGAUCAAAGGGGAGUCGGGAUAUCACUACGCUGGCCUGUCGUAGGUAUAUCUCCAGGUUGCAAGCCGGACAGCAACAGGUGCAAGUCCUGCAAUCACCUCUCAAUGGGGCAGCAGACUUGGGGCUUCAGGACAGGUCGAUGCAAGUUGACCAGCAAGGCCAGGUAGUAAGGAGCAUAUGAAAAUAAUCAAAUUGGCUCUCAGAAGUGGGAACAGUGACUCGAAUCAAAAGACCCCGGUGAAGCAGCGCGGGAAGGCAUCAAGAUGGGGUGAACAUGGCAAGAUAUCCUGGGAACUGGUCCCUAGAUCAUAUUUGAGGCUACCAUUCUCUGCGACGGGCAGAUAUGUUUGUCACAAGAGAAGGGGAACCCAUGCUCCUAUGCU